AUGCCGUCAAGUUCAGAAAGCUCAUUAUCUAGCAUUCCGACCGCUCAGGGGAGCUUCGAGCCCAUCCGUAGCUCGACCCUUAGUCGGCCUCAGACCAACGUUGAGAUCUGCCGGAUCGAGACCCUGCGGCUGACCCACGAGUCAACCGUCGGAUCUAAAGCACCCCAGACUCCGCGGGAAGAAUGGCUGCCAAUGGGUGGGGGAAAAGAGUUUCCCCCAAUGUUGCCAGAUCCAAAUCGCUAUGUUGUCGAGUUCGUCGAAGAGCAUGAUCCGAUGCAUCCACAUAACUGGCCAACUCGAACCAAGAUAUUGCUGUCGGGCCUUUUAGCUUAUGUAACCUUUGUUGCCUCGUUUGCCAGUGCAAUCUUCUCCUCCACUGUCGGCGCCAUCAGUCUUAAUUAUGGGAUCAGCACCGAGGUCGCAACCUUAGGCGUCACAUUAUAUGUCCUAGGAUUCGCGGCGGGCCCAACGUUCUGGGCACCAGCCUCGGAGCUGUCCGGUCGACGGUGGCCGAUCACAGCAGGGGUCUUUGGCUACAGUAUCUUCACAAUCGCCACGGCCACGGCCAAAGACGUCCAGACAAUCAUGUUAACGCGGUUCUUUGCAGGGCUGUUUGCUGCCUGCCCGUUAUCCAUCGUGCCGGCUGCGUUUUCCGAUAUGUUCAAUAACCGGACGCGCGGCAUAGCCAUUGCCAUGUUCGCCAUGGCCGUCUUUGUCGGACCAUUCGCCUCUCCCUUCACGGGAGGCUUUAUCGUGAUGAGUUACCUUGGCUGGCGCUGGACCAUGUAUAUAGUGGCCAUCAUGGGAUUCUUCGGUUCGGUUCUGCUCCUACUUUUCUAUAAGGAGACAUACGCCCCGGCGUUGCUGGUCUCCAAGGCAGCCACUGUGCGCCGGCAAACGCGCAACUGGGGAAUCCAUGCCAAGCAAGAGGAGGUCGAGAUCGACUUCAGUGAGUUGAUUACAGUCAACUUCAGCCGGCCAUUCCGCAUGCUAUUCACCGAACCAAUCGUGUUCCUGGUAACUUUGUAUAUGUCGUUCAUCUAUGGGCUCAUGUAUGCCUUACUAGCGGCAUAUCCAGUUGUAUUCCAGGAAAUUCAUGGGAUGAACCUGGGGGUGGGCAGUCUACCGUUUAUUGGACUGAUCAUCGGUGAGCUCCUUGGGGGUGUAUUUGUCCUGACGAGCCAGGGCUCGUACACCAAGAAGUUGAAGGCCAAUAAUGAUAUUCCGAUCCCCGAGUGGCGGCUCCCCCCGGCCAUCGUGGGAGGCAUCGCGUUCACUAUUGGGCUCUUCUGGUACGGCUGGACCGGGUGGACACAAUCGAUCCAUUGGAUGGCCCCGACAGCAUCUGGAGUGUUCACAGGAUUCGGUAUUUAUUGCAUCUUCCUGCAGUGCUUCAACUAUCUCAUUGAUUCGUAUCUGCAAUUCGCCGCCUCGGUCUUUGCCGCCAACACGAUUCUCCGGUCCGCCGUCGGAGCAUGCUUCCCGCUCUUUGCGAAGCAGAUGUUUGUCAAUCUGGGGGUACAGUGGGCAGGCACCUUACUGGGGUGUCUGGCGGCUAUCAUGAUUCCGAUUCCGCUAGGGUUCAUCAUUUUUGGGCCUGCAUUGCGACGGAAGAGCAAGUUUGCGCCGUCGCCGGCUGUGUUCCAGGAGAAAUCGUCCUAG